AUGAGUAGCGACUCUAAAGAGAUGGCUACGUCUAGGAACAGGGCCCUUGAUGCCCAGAAGCCACCCGGUGGGUGGAUGAACCUUCGAGAUGAAAUGGCAGCUGCAUAUGGCUUCGAUGCAGACAGCAUUGAGGAUAUUUACCCUUGUGUGCCGAUGCAGCUUGGCCUAUUGUCACUAGCCCUCCGCAAACAAGGUAAUUACAUGCUCCACGCUCGCUUCGACCUGAGCCCCGAGGUGGAUUUGGAGCGGUUUCGACAGAGUUGGAGCCAGGCACAUCGCGACAUUCAAUCAUUAAGGACGAGAUUCGUGCAUCAUGAGAGCUAUGGGCUACUGCAGGUUGUCCUCCGGGAGGAGCCCGAAUGGGAUGAGGCAGACGACAUCAAACAAUAUCUGGAGCAGAGGCAGGCCAAAGAUUUGGAACUCGGUGGCUCGCUUUCACGCUAUGCGAUUAUCAUGCCCAAGGAUGGCCAGAACGCCAUCUUCGUUUGGUCGGUUCAUCACGCGCAACUGGACGGCUGGUCCGCUGUUGUCGCGACGGCCUACGUUUCGCAACUUUAUCACGGCACUGCCCGCGGUCCCCCAUUACAGUUCAAGGCCUACAUCGACUGGCUGGAGCAACAGGACAUGAGUGAGGCAAAGGAGUACUGGAGGCAGGCUAUAAGCGGAAAUGCUGUGCAAUUCCCCGCCUCCCAGGUGUCUUCAAACGAACCUCUAUCGUUAACGCGCAUGGAGUAUGAAUCAACAGGCGUUUCGUUGAAAGGCCUGAAAGUCAAACGAUCGGCACUGGUCUAUGGAGCAUGGGGUCUAGUGGUCAGGUCAUUGACGGGAGCAGACGAAGCUGUGUUCGGUGCAGUAUUGUCCGGAAGGAGAAUACCCUUACCGAAAGUCAAGUUUGUUGCCGGCACCACCAUCACGACGGUGCCUGUGCAGGUGCAGAUGGGCGAGAACCCUCUCGUCAUCGAUUACUUGCGCGCAAUUGAAACGGAAAACACGCCGCGAGAAAAGUACUCGCACUUUGGCCUGGCGAAUAUCAGCGAAAUCAAUUCUCACACCGAGAGCGCAUGCCAGUUCGGAACAAUCAUCAUUGUGCAAGCUGGCGACGAGUUCUUAUUCAAAGAUGAGAAAAUGGGAGAGUGGACUAGAGGAAAGGAGAGCAUGGGCAACUCUUCUUAUAGUCUCAACAUGGAAGUCUACAUGGUAGACGAGCAUUCAACCAAGAUUGUUGCCGACUACAACAGUCAAGUCCUGCCAGAAGCUACUGUCAAAGGACUACUGGAGAAGUUGUGUUCGGUGAUGGAGCAGCUGGCUAACUCGAACGAGGAGUCACGAGUUGGAGAUAUCGAGAUGUUGAGUUCAGAGGAUCGAGAUCGAAUCUGGUCAUGGAACAACAAAGUUCCACCUGCUCUGGAUCGUUGUAUUCACAGUAUGAUCGAAGAUCAAGCAGAGGCACAGCCAGAUGCUCCAGCGGUUUGUGCGUGGGAUGGAGACCUGACUUAUACACAAUUGGAUCGCAUGUCAACAGCACUGGCCACCGCACUCAUACAACAUUGUGGCUUACAACCGGGAAGUAUUGUACCCCUAUGUUUUGAGAAGAGUGUCUGGUGCAUUGUUGCCGUUCUAGGUGUACUCAAGGCUGGCGGUGCCUUUCUCAUGCUCGACCCAACACACCCAGAAAACAGGCUGCUUUCGAUCGUCGAGCAAACAGACGCCCAAGUAGUGUUGACAUCAGAAUCUUGCUACGAAAUAGGAUCGAAAAUAGCACCGAAGGCGAUCCCAAUAGGGCCAAGCCACCCUCCUCGCCCCAACAAGGACGUGACGUUACCAGUCACCGACCCAUCAUCCCCGAUGUACGUUAUCUUCACAUCAGGAAGUACUGGAGCACCCAAAGGUGCUCUUGUAUCUCAUCGAGCUUUCUGUACAAACGUGCUUCACCAAUCAAAGCCUCUUGGUUAUCAUCCCAAAUCAAGAGUUUUCAAUUUUGCAGCAACUAUCUUCGACAUCUUUGUCCACGACUUCGGAAUGACGCUGGCGACUGGUGGAUGUGUUUGCAUCCCCUCAGAAUAUGACCGCAAGAACAACCUAGUAGACUCGAUUAGAGCUAUGGAAACAACGAACAUCAUUUUGACGCCCUCCGUUGCUCGGCUUCUUAAUCCCAAAGAAUUCCCUACCCUGAAAACACUCGUCGCUGGAGGAGAGGCGAUGACGCUGGAUAUUGCUAGGGAGUGGGGAGCUUGCGUUCAUGUGGUCAACGCGUACGGUCCUUCAGAAUGCACGCCCCAUUCUCUCAUCAACCCAGAAUAUGAAACACCGGAGCAGAUAAUGCGUCUUGGGAGAGGAUAUGGUGCAGUGACGUGGAUCGUCGACCCUACAGACCAUGACAAACUCGCACCUAUUGGGACUAUUGGUGAAAUUGUCUUGGAAGGCCCGAUGCUUGGUAACGGAUACUUGAAUGAUUCUGAGAGGACUGCAUCAACGUAUAUCCGAGACCCCUCGUGGUUGAUAUCGGGCACCAUCAAGCAUCCUGGGCGACGAGGUGUGGUAUACAAGACUGGUGACUUGGGCUUCUAUAAUCCGGACGGGACCAUCACAUCGGCAGGACGAAAAGAUUACCAAGUGAAGAUUCGCGGUCAGCGUGUCGAGCUGGGUGAAGUGGAACAUCGAGUCCGUCGCCAUGUGCCCGAGGCGAAGCACGCUCAGCAAAUGGUGGUCGAAGUCGUCCGACCAAGUGGCGAAGGAGCACAUCCGCUGUUGGCUGUGUUCAUGUCCACCUCUUCCAAGGGUACGAAGAACAAGACGAUGGACGUGUGUACUAUCGACAGUAAGGCCGAGGAUGCAUUGGUGGAGCAACUACCAACUUACAUGAUUCCUUCGUUCUACUUCAUGAUGCCUGGGCUACCUAUGACAGCAACUGGUAAGAUCGAUCGGCGGAAGAUUCGAGAAAUGAUAGCUUCACUAUCAAUUCAGGACUUGAACGCUUUACGCAGUCAAGCUGAAGGCGACAAGCGCAUACCUUCUACAGAUGUUGAGAGGAGACUGCAGAGUCUUUGGGCCCGACUGCUUGGCAUCGAUGCUGCAACUAUCGGGCUGGAAGACAGCUUCUUCCGACUGGGUGGAAAUUCAAUCAUCGCUAUGAGACUUGUUGCUGAAGCUCGCAAAGAGAAUUUAACUGUGUCUGCAAUGGACAUAUUCAAACAACCGCGUCUGGCUAAUCUGGCCAAGUUGGUCGAGGCAAAUGCACCCAUAACCGUGACCAGUGCUGAUAUUCAGCCGUUCUCUCUCAUGGGAAGUGGGUUCGGCUUUCCCAAGCAUUCAGCUGAUAUCGCCCUUGCCUGCGGCGUUGAGGAGUCUCAGAUCGAAGAUGUUUAUCCUUGCACCUCGCUGCAAGAGGGCCUGCUUGCUCUCACCAGCAAACAACAGGGCGACUAUGUCUUACAAUCUGUUUUGAAAAUAGCUUCAACUAUUGACAUAAACCGGUUUAAAAAGGCUUGGGAGGAUGCCGUGAAUUCGGUUUCCAUUCUGCGGACCAGGAUAAUUCAACACAAGGACCUCGGAUUUGUCCAGGUAGUCGUCAAAACCAGACUUGACUGGGCGCACGCAGAUAACCUGGAUGAAUACGUCAAACAAGAUCUUGAAACGCCCAUAGAGCUUGGGCAGCCACUUUCUCGCUACGCAAUAGUUCGUCAGCAACGCGAAACCAUGUUUGUGUUGACCCUCCAUCACGCGGUCUAUGAUGGUGUUUCCUUACAACCCAUCCUGAAGUUGGUGAGCGACAACUACAACUCGGUUCAAUUGAAACCUCCCGUCAACUUCAGAGAUUUCAUGCAUUUUGUUGUAUCGCAGAAGCCCGAAGAGAUGGUCAACUUCUGGAGCUCACAGCUUGAAGGGUAUAACUCAACUCCAUUUCCACCCCCAACAUCCCAGUCAGUUGGGACCAUCGCUGAUGCGGCAAUUGAGCGUACCUGGACACACACCUAUGCCAAUACCGAUAUCACUCUGGCGACGCUUGUUCGGGCUGCUUGGGCAAUAGUUUCCUACAUCCAUGGCGGUGCUUCGGAUGUCGUGUUUGGAGCUACAUCAGCAGGUCGCAGUGCACCAGUGUUGGGCAUUGAGGAGGUCACAGGUCCCACGUUUGCAACAGUCCCAGUUCGGGUUCAAAUACAACCUCAACAGCUGGUUUCGGAUUAUCUCAGGACGAUUCAAGAUCAGGCUACGGAGAUGAUUCCGUUUGAACAGGCAGGCCUGCAUGAGAUCUCUAGAAUCAGCAGUAGUACGAAGGCAGCCUGCAACUUCCAAACUCUCCUCAUUGUCCAGCCUCCGGACGAGGACUCCUUUGGAUCUUCUGAGUUUGGAGAGUGGAGCAUCUGCUCCAAGGAGCAGUCUUUUAGCACUUAUGCUCUCACAAUGAACUGUUCUAUUGGAGCUGAUGGCAUGCAUAUAAAAGCGGUCUUUGACCCUCAUGUUAUCACUCACGUAGAUGUGCAAAGGACUCUUGGUCAAUUCUGCCAUGUCAUGCAUCUUCUUGUUGAGGCAUCAUCAGAGCAAACGGUUUCGGAGAUGACGACGAUAGCAAAGGACGAUCAAGAGAUGAUUUGGAACUGGAACUCCACUGUACCACAAGCAAAAGAGUCUUGCUUUCAUGAUGUCGUUGCUGUCCAAAUUAGAGUGAGACCUAAUGCCCAAGCAAUCUCCGCUUGGGACGGUACGCUCACAUACAGCGAGAUGGAUCGUCUGUCUACAAAGUUAGCUCAGCAUUUGGUCGACAUAGGGGUCCAGACCAAGACAGCUGUUCCGCUGUGCUUUGAGAAGUCCAUGUGGACCACCAUAGCGAUGCUGGCUGUAUUGAAAGCAGGAUGCGCUUUUCUGAUGCUCGAUCCCUCUCACCCUGAAACUCGCUUGAGCUCUAUUUUGAAACAGACUCAAGCUGAUGUCGUCCUAGCCUCUUCGUCUUGCACAUCACUCAUGUCCCGUUUGGUAGACAGAGUAAUCCAGGUUGGACCCGGACUGAUACCAGAGACAUCCCGUUCCGUUGAAUUGCCCGUGGUCAAUCCAGAACAAGCGAUGUAUGUCGUAUUUACGUCUGGAAGCACCGGAACCCCAAAGGGUGCCGUUGUAUCUCAUCGUGCCAUGGUUUCAGCGACGCAUUACCAGGCUACUGUACUUGGAUUUGACUUUUCGACUCGCCUCUAUGACUUUGCAUCUUACGCCUUUGAUGUUGCAAUCAGCAAUGUGACCAAUACUCUUGCAAACGGAGGUUGCUUGUGCGUGCCUUCAGAGCAGGAGCGGAAAAACGCCCUCGAGGACUCUCUUUUUAAGACGGAGGCGAAUAUGGUCGAACUCACCCCGUCUGUAGCCAACAUUGUAGACUUUGAGAGACUCACCAAAUUGCGCACCCUUAAUUUCGGCGGCGAGGCUGUGCAAACGGACGACCUUGCAAGGAUCCCGACCAGAAUCCAAAUUGUCAACACCUAUGGCCCUGCGGAAUGUACGCCCACGUCUGUACUUCACAUCCAACAUUCUCGUGCCGCAUCGGAUACGAGAAUUGGCAAGGGAGUGGGAGUCGUGACAUGGGUCACUGAUCCCGAAGACUCAGAUCGACUCAUGCCAAUUGGAACUGUGGGCGAGCUGCUCCUCGAAGGCCCUCUUGUGGGACUUGGAUACUUGAACCAACCAGACUUAACAGCAGCGGUGUUCAUUGAUAGCCCGAAGUGGCUGGUAAGUGGUACUGACAAACAAGCUGGCCGAAACAGCAUUCUAUAUAAGACUGGCGAUUUGGUUCGGUAUAACGACGAUGGAACCCUUGACUACGUUGGUCGUAAGGACACUCAAGUCAAAAUCCGCGGGCAGAGGGUAGAGCUUGGGGAGGUUGAACACCACGUUCGCCAGUGUGUACCUGAUGCUCGACAGCUGCAAGUGCUCGCAGAAGUCAUUCUUCCAGCGGACCACUCCAGCCCGUUUCUCGCGGUUUUCCUCUCAUCUGCAACGAUACUGGAAACGAAGGACGAUAGUGAGAUAACUGUUUUAUCCAUCACCAGCGAGGUAGAGGAUCUUCUCGAACGUCAACUUCCAAGCUACAUGGUGCCAUCUGUGUACUUCAAGGUCCCCCAGUUACCGAUGACCAUAACGGGAAAGACUGAUCGGAAGCGGCUUCGUGAAAUGGCCGCAUCACUUUCCACACAAAAACUGGCUGAUUUGAGAAGCAAAUCACAAGGCCGAAGGGAAAUGCCGUCGACUCCAGUUCAGAUCGAGUUGAGGAAUCUUUGGGCAAGAGUGUUGAAAAUCGAAGCCGAUACAAUUGGGCUUGAUGACAACUUCUUCCGGCUAGGUGGUGACUCUAUUACGGCAAUGAGACUCGUUAGUCAAGCUCGCUCUGAAUGCAAUUUUGAGCUCUCUGUCAUGAACAUUUUCAAGCACCCAAGACUCGGAGCUCAGGCCCAACUCGCUGUCAAUAUCUCUUCAUCGGAAGAAAACAUCAUCUUGCCAUUUUCAUUGAUGGGGACUGAAUUUGACCUUGACAACCACAAGAGCGAAAUCGCAAAGAGAUGUGGCGGCGUGGACUCUAUAGAGGAUGUCUACCCUUGCACUCCACUACAGAAAGGCCUUCUCGCCAUUACCAGCACGACUCAGGGCAAAUAUUUGCAGCAAGCUGUCCUUGAUUUUUCUCCAGAUGUCGAUCUUUCUCGGUUCCGUGAGGCUACUGGUGUGCCUAAAGGCACAAUGAUUCCUCAUAGGGCAUUUGCGUCUGCGAUUUAUCAUCAGGCUGAGAAGUUCGGGUUCCGCGAAGAUUCUCGGGUCUUUAAUUUUGCCGCUCAAGUCUUUGAUGACUUCGUCUUCGAUACGAUUGUCACACUGUCUACUGGUGGUUGUCUCUGUGUCCCGUCUGAGUACCAGCGAAAGAACGACUUGAAGGGAGCAAUGUCUAUCAUGAAACCGACACUAAUGUCAAUGACACCCACUCUCAGCAGAGUCGUCAACCCUGAAGACGCACCAUCUCUGAAGACAAUCUUGUUCGGCGGCGAAGCUCUCAAUUUGUCUGACGCUGAGAAAUGGUGGCCACAUGUCACAUUCAGCAACGGCUACGGGCCUUCAGAAUGUGCCUGCACCAGUGUGAUCAACUGGAACGCUACAAGCCCUGCUGAGGCCAUUGGGAUUGGCCGCGGGUGCGGUGCUGUGACCUGGAUUGUUGACCCGACCAACCACGAGAGACUGCAACCUGUGGGAACUGCUGGUGAGCUGUUGCUCGAGGGCCCUCUUGUUGGUCACGGCUAUUUCAAAGACCCAGAGAAGACCGCAGCUGCAUUCAUACAAGCGCCACAAUGGCUGACCGAACAUUUCGGCCGCACAGGCACUCUCUAUAAGACAGGUGAUCUGGUUCGAUAUAAUGAGGAUGGAAGUCUCGUCUAUCUCGGCCGUAAAGACACCCAAAUCAAGCUUCGUGGCCAACGUGUCGAGUUGGGCGAAGUUGAGUAUCACGUGGGAAAUGUCAUUCCCGAAGGAAAAGAUGCGGAUGCCCUGGCGGCAGAUGUUAUUAUUCCAUCUGGGAGCAACACUACUCCCUUGCUUGCCAUUUUCCUUUCGAAUAGCAAUAUCAAGAUGGAGGCUGGAAAGUCGAUGCAGGUAUUGAGGGUGUCUAACCAGUUGAGCGAUACCCUCGCUGAACGACUGCCUUCCUAUAUGGUGCCCUCAGUUUACUUCCUUCUCUCAAACCUUCCAAUGACAGUAUCUCACAAGAUUGAUCGUAAGCGUCUACGAGAGAUGGCCGGGGCAUUUUCAGCGAAGCAACUGAGCGAACUAAGCACUGAUGAUUCUAGCUUGAAGCGCCAGCCAUCGAAUGAAGUCGAAACAAUACUUCAACAGCUAUGGGCUGAUGUCCUUGUCCUCGAUCUCUCUGCAAUUGGUAUGGAUGAUAGCUUCCUGCGGCUUGGCGGCGACUCCAUCACCGCGAUGCAAAUCUCAGCCCGAGCACGUCAGCUUGGAGUGCAGCUCUCUACCGGAGACAUUCUCCAGAAAAAGACCAUUUCUAGACUGGCCUCCGAAGCUGUCUCUAUGCUACUUGUCGAAAAGGACAGCGGUGAAGGUGAAUCAGAGGAACAGUCAGACCAGCCUUUCGCUCUGUCACCGAUGCAGCAACUACACAUCAAUCUUGAGGGUGGGCAGCUUGGGAAGUUUGACCAAUGCUUCCUCCUCCGCAUCAACAUAGAGGGUGUCGUUGUCCCCUAUGGAGCGUUCUCAACCAUGACCCAUCACCAAUACGAAGUCAUGGGAUUUGGGCCUGAGACGAGAGUAUUUGACUUUGCUGCUCACAUCUUCGAUGCAUAUAUCAUGAAUGUUGUCAUCACACUGGCUACAGGUGGCUGUAUCUGCAUCCCAUCGGAAGAGGAUAGGUUGAACAAUCUUGCUAGGUCAAUCGUAGAUUUGGAGGCCACUCUGGCAUUCUUGACACCAAGUGUCACCCGGACAAUACAGCCAUCCGAGGUCCCAUCGCUCAAGACACUUCUUCUGAUUGGUGAGCCCUGCAAUAUCUCAGAUGUUACGAAAUGGCGGGACGCGGAUCGAAUCGUUAUCAAUGCGUACGGGCCUUCGGAGUGUACGCCGCUCAGUCUCCUCAACACGGAAGCUAAAACUGCCACGGAAGCGCUGCGUCUUGGUAAGGGCAUUGGCUCAGUCACUUGGGUUGUUGACUCAGGAAACUCCGAUCAACUAGUACCCAUUGGAGCGGUCGGCGAGAUGCUUCUUGAGGGACCAUUGCUUGGCCUUGGUUAUCUCAAAGAUCCCUCUAAAACGGCGGAAGCUUUCGUUACAGCGCCAAAAUGGCUACGAGAAGGCACCCAUGAUCAUCCAGGACGGCAGAGCACGGUAUAUCAUACAGGUGAUCUAGUCAGAUACCACCCUGAUGGGACCAUUUCUUAUAUGGGGCGUAAGAACACUCAAAUUAAAAUUCGCGGACAACGUGUAGAACUAGGAGAAGUCGAACACCACGUCUCCGAAUGUUUACCCGAGGCGUAUCGGGGAUGCCCGUUGUCUGCUGAAGUAGUCAUCCCAGCUGGUGCCUCUCCAACACUGGUGAUUUUCGUGGGCACCGGUCAACCAGUUGACAACGUCGGAAGUGGCACGGGCUUAGGAGUAAUGAGCGUCUCGCGAGAAAUGGAUGAAGCAUUAGUGGAGCGCCUACCAGCCUACAUGUUGCCCACGAUGUACUUUACCCUCCCUCGCCUCCCCAUGACAGCAACCGGAAAGACAGACCGUAAAGAGCUACGAAGAUUGGUCUCGUCUUUUACCGCACAAGAUCUCGCAGAUCUUCAUUACAAGUCUGAGAGCCGCAAACGGAUGCCUGCCAAUGACAUCGAGGAGCAGUUGCAGCAGGUUUGGGCUAGAGUGCUUAACCUAAGCGCUGCGUCAAUCGGCAUGGAUGACAGCUUCUUCCGUCUAGGCGGUGAUUCAAUCACAUCAAUGCAAGUUUCGGCGCUCGCUCGCUCGCUGCAAUUGCAGGUUUCCGUCAGCGAUCUCCAUCGGAAGAAGACAAUUGCCCGGAUCGCCGCUGGUGUUACUCAUCAGACAAAGCCCCUCGUCGAUACUAGGGAGGAACUGGAUGAAGAGCCUUUCGGAUUAACCCCCAUACAAGAGCUAUAUUUUCAUCUUCAACAACAGACCCCAGGCACUUCUGACCAGUGCUUCUUCUUGGAGCUGAAGGAAGAGGUUUUUUUCUCCUCCCUAUCUAAAGCGAUUACUAUAAUCGGUGUUGUUGUUUCCCAUCAAGCAUUUGCCUCUAACGUCUAUCAUUCCGCCGAGAUUCUCGGGUUCCGCCAAGGAACCAGGGCAUUCGACUUUACGGCAACCACGUUCGACGUUUUCAUCAGUAACACCUUGGUUCCGCUUUCAACUGGUGGCUGCGUGUGUGUACCAUCCGAGGCGGACCGGAAGAAUGACUUAGCUGGCUCGAUUCAUAGAAUGAAAGCAACGACAGCAGCACUGACAGCAUCUGUCAGUCGUCUGAUCAACCCAGAAGAUGUUCCCCUUUUGGAAAUCUUGACCCUUGGUGGAGAGCCAGUCACAUAUGAAGAUACCUCGAGGUGGUGGGGUCGUGUUAAACUCAUCAACUCUUAUGGUCCUGCGGAAUGCACUAUCCAGAGCAUCAUCAAUCACGCCUCCCAGGUCCCGGAAGAGGUAACUCGCAUUGGCAAAGGAGUGGGAAUGAUUCCGUGGGUUGUGAGUGUUGAUGAUUACAAUAAGCUGGUCCCAAUUGGUACUAUAGGAGAGCUACUGCUAGAGGGACCACAACUUGCAAUUGGAUAUCUAAACGAUCCUAACAAGACCGCCGGGUCCUUCAUUCAGGACCCUUCCUUUUUGGUGACCGGUACAUCCAAACAUCCGGGGCAUAAUGGCAUUGUCUACAGAACUGGUGAUUUAGUUCGCUACCACCAAGACGGCAGCCUGACUUUUGUCGGGCGCAAGGACACACAAGUCAAGAUUCGAGGGCAACGUGUUGAGCUUGGCGAAGUUGAACAUCAUGUCAGGGAGAUCUUACCGGAGGCCAAGGACGCUUCAUACAUUGCGGCAGAGGUCUUCACGCCUUCUGGAGAGCAGGCUAGCCCAAUGCUCGCCGUCUUUGUAUCUACGCAAGGACCUAACGACAAGAACAAGAGGAUGAUGGAGGGUAACUCUCUGCAGGUGUUAGCAGUGUCUUCUGACGCUGAAGAUCGACUUGCAAGCCGCCUUCCUGCGCACAUGCUACCCUCGGUAUACUUCUCCAUACUAGACAUGCCAUUGACGACCUCGGGGAAGAUCGACCGAAACGAUUUAAGAAAGAUGGCGGGUGCAUUUACAACGGAUCAACUGGCCGAUUUACUGACAAUGAGCACUGGCGACAAGCGGAAGCCUACAACGGAGAUCGAGAAAAAGCUACAGCAGCUUUGGUCUCAUGUCCUUCAACUUAAGCCAGACAAUAUUGGCCUCGACGAUAGCUUCUUCCGCCUCGGAGGGGAUUCUAUUUCUGCGAUGAAGUUGGUCAGCACGGCUAGGAAGGAAGGCAUUGCAGUAUCCGUGCAAGAUAUCUUCCGUCAUCCAAGGCUGGCCGCAUUGGCCGAACUAGCUGGUCAAGAACUCCCCACGCACGAUACAGAAGCCAUUCAGCCAUUCGCCUUGAUGCCCGCUGGCUUCCACCCGUCAGUAAAUAUUUCUGAAAUUGCUACUAGCUGCGGUGUGACGCCUGAUGAGAUCGAGGAUAUCUACCCUUGCACACCUCUACAAGAAGGUCUUCUUGCCAUCACCGACAAGCAAGCAGGUGCUUAUACAUUCCAAGCAACUCUGACCUUUUCAGAGACGGUAGAUAUCUCACGGUACAUUAACGCCUGGAAUGAAGCUACAGAAACUGUAGCGGUGCUACGUACUAGGAUUAUACAAAAUCCUGAUUACGGACUGCUUCAAGUUGUGCUCAAGCAUCAAGACAACUGGGCAAAGCCAGAAAAGGGUACAGCCUAUGGUCUCGGACAGCCCCUAGCACAGUUUGAAGUCACUAAGGGGACGUCAUCCAAGUUUGUGUUGACUAUCCAUCACGCCAUUUAUGAUGGUGCAUCUUUGCAGAUGCUUCUUCACUUAGUUGACAGCCUAUACAACGGGCCUCGGCCUACUAUAAAUUUUCCUUUUGCGUCUUUCAUCCGACAUAUCCAACAGACCCGAAACGCCAGCGAGUCCUACUGGCGAUCAGAACUGUCCGACUAUCACUCAACUCCUUUUCCCCCGCUCCCACCACACGCAAGAGACCCAGUGGGAGAUUCCGUUCUGCAGCAACUUUGUGCGGUUGCGCCGGUGGAGCAGUCGGACUUCACUCUUGCAACCAUCGUCAGAGCGGCUUGGGCCAUUACUAUAAGCACUCACAGCAGCGAUCAUGAUGUGAUCUUUGGCGCCACUGUGUCUGGCCGUAAUGCUCCUGUGGCGGGCAUCGAGUCAAUUGUUGGCCCAACCAUCGCAACAGUGCCUGUUCGCGUUUGUCUGGACCCUAAUUCGUCCGUGGUGGCCUUACUUCGCGCUGUCCAGGACCAGGCUACAGAAAUAACUCCAUAUGAACAGAUUGGUUUACAGGAGAUUGCGAAAUUGAGCUCCAGCGCUCGCGAUGCUGUCCAGUUUCAGACACUCCUGAUUGUUCAACCGCCGGACGAGGAUUCUUUGGGAGGAUCAGACGUGGGCAAAUGGCGAAAUGAUUCAGACGAGAGUGCCUUCAGCACGUAUGCCAUUACGCUGAAUGUCUAUCUUGCACGUGACGGCAUGAGGAUUGUCGCGAAUUACGAUGCCAGAAUCAUAAGCCAAUGGAUGAUGCAGCAAAUCAUCCGUCAAUUCAGCUUUACGAUCCAGAGUCUUCUAACUCUUCUCAACUCUGACACGUCUAAGACACUGGAUAGUUUCAUGACUCUUUCCCCAGAAGACCAGCGGGAUAUCUGGUCAUGGAACAGCGAUGUUCCUGUCCCAUAUGAACGUUGCAUCACUGAUCUCUUUGCAGAACAAGUCGCAUCUCGCCCCUCCGCGCUAUCAGUCAGUGCAUGGGAUGGGGAUCUCACAUACAAGGAGUUAGAUCUCCUGUCCGGCACAGUUGCGCAUCGAUUGGUCGGUUUAGGAGUGGGAGCCGGGGUAGUCGUACCGCUCUGCUUCGAAAAGUCCGUAUGGGCUACUGUCGCCAUUCUUUCUGUGCUGAAGGCUGGUGGCGCAUUUGUGAUGCUUGAUCCUGAGUAUCCUGAAGCCCGGCUGCACUCAAUCAUUUCUCAAACCAGUGCUACCGUGAUACUCUCAUCGGACCAACAUAAGCCUCUGAGUACUCAGUUUACUGAAACAACAAUCGCUGUUGGUCCAGCCCUGCGCAGAGUGUCCCCCAACUCCAAUGCACUCCCUAAAAUUGAUCCCGAGUCACCUAUGUAUAUCGUCUUUACAUCCGGUAGCACUGGCGUACCGAAAGGAGUUGUUGUUUCGCACCGGGCCAUGAGUUCAAACAUCUUGUACCAGGCAGAAGCUCUAGGAUUCAAAUCUGAUUCCAGGGUCUUCGAUUUUGCCUCGUACGUCUUCGAUGUUUUCGUUUAUAACACGGCUGUCACGCUAUCAACCGGAGGCUGUAUUUGCGUGCCAUCUGAAUCACAACGAAAGAAUGAGCUCACGGAAACUAUGACCGCAAUGGAUUCGAGCUUAGUUCUGCUAACGCCAACCAUUGCCAGGCUAAUCGACCCGAAGCAGCUCCCGACCCUCCAGUCACUCAUCCUCGUGGGUGAAGCCUCAACUGAAUCUGAUAUUGAAAGGUGGUGGCCGCAUGUAUCGGUUGUCAACGCAUAUGGGCCUUCUGAAUGCACCACCAACAGUGUAGUGAACUCAGUCGCGGCAAACCCAUCAGAGGCAGCUCAUAUCGGCAAAGGUGCCGGCGCCGUAACAUGGGUUGUUGAUCCAUCUGAUCACAACAAGCUCAUGCCUAUAGGUACAGUCGGUGAGCUGCUACUUGAGGGGCCACUCCUGGGUCUUGGCUAUCUCAAUGACCACGAAAAGACAACGGCAGCUUUCAUCAGAGAUCCUGAUUGGCUUCUCCAGGGUCGUGGUACCGAUCAUCCAGGACGGUCUGGUACCUUGUAUAAAACUGGUGAUCUUGUCUCUUAUACGGAGAAUGGGAGCCUUGUUUAUAUGGGACGCAAAGAUACGCAGGUCAAGAUUCGCGGACAGCGUGUUGAGUUGGGAGAGGUAGAAAGCCAUGUGCGGGCAUGCCUCCCUGAGGCUCGAUCUGCUAAUGAGCUCGUUGCGGAGGUUAUUGCACCUUCCGGCGAGGGGGCUCGGCCGUUACUCGCGGUAUUCCUCACCCAGCCUGAUCCUGAGAGCUCCCCUGAUGGGCCUUUACGUGUUUUGAAAGUUGAUUCACGUAUCGAUGAUAUGUUGAACGACCGACUACCGAACUACAUGGUUCCUACAGUAUAUCUGGCUAUCCUUGACCUUCCAAUGACAACAACAGGGAAAACAGACCGCCGUCGACUGCGCGAAAUGGCAGGAUCCUUCACUGCCCAGCAGCUAGCAGACCUGAGAAGCCAGGGCGAGAAGCGGAUGCCCACGUCUGCCGCUGAGCAACAGCUUCAGGCACUCUGGGCUCGGAUACUUAACGUAAAGUCUAGCAGUAUCAGCUUAGAUGAAAACUUCUUUAGGUUGGGUGGCGAUUCCAUCACCGCCAUGCAGAUUGCUAGUGCAGCUCGCUCAAUGGGCUUACCGAUCACGACGAGCGACAUCAUGCGCAAGAAGACAAUUGGUCGUAUUUGUAAUGGGCUUUCGGCGAGCAAGAACAUAUUGACAAUAUUGACAUUAAACAACGAGGUUACUGUCAAUCAACGAUUUGGAUUAAGCCCUAUUCAACAUUUAUAUCUCAGCCUUCAGACGGAUGACUACGCCUUCUUCGACCAGUUUGUCUUCCUCGAAAUUGGCCAGCGGGUUGAGUUCUCUGCAUUACUCGCGGCAUUCAAUGUCAUUGUUGAGCGUCACGCUAUGCUUCGUGCUCGCUUUGCCAAGUCAUCGACAAAUAACUGGCAACAGUACAUCACAGAGCCAUCGCAGGAUAGUUCGUCUUUCCUACGUCUUGUUGAAACAGAUAAUGAAACAGAAAUCUCAGCUGCACUUAUUCAGUGCCGGUCUAAGCUUGAUAUUGAGAAUGGCCCCGUGAUCUCGGCUGUUUUGAUAGACAACGGGGAAGACCAGCGCUUAUUCAUUAGCAUUCAUCACCUGGUCAUUGAUGCUGUAUCAUGGCGAGUGAUAUCUGAAGACCUCGAGUGCCUCCUUCGGAAUCAAGAGCCCCCUCCUGCGCCGGCUGUUAGCUUUCCGUCGUGGCAAAUCGCUCAGGCUAAUCACUUCAGAGAAAGUGCUGUUGAGGAAAAGACUCAGCAUCCUAACAAUGAGUCCAUGUUAUUGGAGCACUGGGGCAUUACCUCCAGCUCAGAUUCACCCGAUACAACGGUAACCAAAGGAUUUUCUCUCAACGAACAAGCUACCUCCCGUCUUUUAGGUGACAGUAACAACGCCUUUCAAACGCGUCCCGUUGAGCUCUUGAUCGCAGCUCUCAUCUAUUCCUUUUCGCUACACUUCCCCGAGCGCCAGCUGCCUUCGGUCUACAACGAGAUGCACGGCCGUGAUGCUUGGGAUGAGAACAUUGACUUGUCUCGCACUGUUGGUUGGUUUACGAAUAUCUUCCCGGUGAACGUCAAGAAAGAUACUCGUUGGGACUUAUUCCAAGCUAUCCGAGGCGUCAAAGACUUCCUCCGUGGAUCGUCAAACAAUCAGUCCUACCUUGCCUCAAAACUCAGUGGAGAUCUUACCAGCGGGACUACUCUCAAGGAAUUCCCCGCCGAGAUAAUGUUCAACUUUCUGGGGUCUUUCCAGCAACUUGAACACGAGAGCUCACUAUUCAGUCUCGUUUCAGCACCAGAUGACGUUGCCGCAAGUUCUAGAUACCAUCGAAGAUUCGCUUUAUUCGACUUCAACGUUGCGAUUGAGCAUGGCUCUGCUUCAAUCUCCGUACUGUACGAUAAGAAUAUGAAGCACCAUGAGCGUAUCGAAGCUUGGAUCUCUCAGUAUGAAAAGACGCUCCUGGAGAUAACUCAGACGUUACCUGGUCGGCCCAUGGAGUGGACAUUGAGUGACUUCCCUCUUGCUUUCACUAGCAUCGACGAUCUUAGAGUCUUCCAAGAGAAUGUUGUUCCGGGACUAGGCCUGACUCCAGAUGACGUCGAGGACUGCUUCCCCUGCUCAGAUUUACAGCAAGGCAUCGUCAUGAGUCAGUUCAAAGAUCCCAACAGCUACCGUACAUCGUUCGUUUUCGAGGCUGUGUCUGAAGAAGGGCAACAAAUUAGUAUUCCGGGUCUUGUCGACGCUUGGAAAGCCGUCGUGCAGCGGCAUUCUCUCCUCCGGGCGUGCCUCGUAAAAGAUAUGCCAGGAAGCAGACGCAUCUUCAAUGUUAUUCUCCACAACCCAAGCCCAAGUAUUUCCAUCUUCAAAGAAGAAGGUGAAACUUUUGAAUUGGAUCAAUUCAGAGCUCGUAUGGGAUCAGAUCGAUAUGGCCAGUCAAAUCUUGAACAUCACCUAUCUGUUUGCCAACUCAGUGAUGGUCGAGUUUUACUUGGGCUGGAGAUCAACCAUGCCAUCUUGGAUGCUCAUUCGACCGGGAUCAUCCUUCAUGAUUUGGAAGCCGCUUCUUCAGGUACUCUUUUGCCCGAAGGAAGCUCUUACCGCGAGUUCAUUUCUCAUCUUCAAGACUACUCAUACGAUGAUGACCGCGAGUACUGGAAACAGACCUUGGCCGAUGUUAAACCAUGCCACUUCCCCAGCAUCGCACCUCCGACAUAUGAUCAAACGCAGUACAUCACCAUUAAGACCCCCGGAAUCGAUUCGGAAGCCAUCAUAAGCUUCUGUCAGCACUCUGAUAUCACUAUUGCUACGGUGAUGCAAACGGCAUGGGCAUUGGUUCUAACCCGAUACACUGGCUCCUCAGCGCCAAGCUUCGGUAACCUCGUCUCCUGCAGAGACCUUCCUAUCGACAACGUCUCCGAUAUUUUCGGACCCAUGAUAGGUAUGAUGGUUUGCCGCGUGGCAGUAGAUCAGGAUGGCACAGCACUUGAUGUACUGCGGGGAGUCCAAGAGGAGCACUUAAAGGGCCUGUCUCACCGCAUGUACCCGAUUUCAGAUCUUCACAGCACGCUUGGUCUUGGCUCUUCUGCAUUGUUCAACACAGCGUUGUCAUUCCAACGUGCCUCCAACGAUAGCGAGGAAAGUCCCAAGAAUGGCGUCAAGUUUGUUCUCCACGACGGCACAGAUGAUACAGAGUACGAUGUCACACUAAACGGAGCAUAUGAUGGCAACAGUAUUGAUAUUACCAUGACUGCCAAAUCUUCCUGCAUGACUUCAAGCCAAGCAGCUGGUGUUGCUUCCUGUCUCAGCCAAGCAAUGAACGCUUUGGCAACUACUCCCGAAAUUUUGCUUGCUGAAUUGGAUAUUGGCAAUAAAGAGGAGAAUCGCCAGCAGUGGAAUCUCAACAAGGCUGUGCCGCCGCAUAUCAAACGCUGUGUUCAUGAAAUAAUUGCAGAGCAAACUCGAGAACGCCCUACAGCCCCGGCAGUCUACAGCUGGGAUGGAGAAUUGACCUAUGACCAGUUGGACGACCUUUCAACCAGACUUACGCAUAUUCUGAUUGGUCUUGGUGUUGGUCCAGACAAAAUGGUGCCUAUGUGCUUCGAGCACUCGAAAUGGGCUGUUGUUGCUUUGCUCGCAGUCCUCAAAGCAGGUGCCGCAUUCGUUCCCCUCAACACAUCGCAAGACGCCUCACGAGAGAAGGUACUUUCUCAGAUAAAUUCGACUGUUGUAUUGACAUCCGUUAACAAUGCAAACCUACAUUUUGGGGAGAACCGUAUGAUCAUCCCUGUCGGCGAAAAGCUCAUCAAUACCCUCCCUGCAUCUCCUCGUGGACAGCUGACCAAAUAUUCACCAACUUCUCUUUGCUACGUCUUGUUCACCUCGGGAAGUACUGGCACACCCAAGGGUGUUAUGCUUGAGCAUCAGUCUGUCAGUUCUGGGUGCUCGUACCACGGACGUAGAAUCGGCGUAGAUCAUACUACCCGCAUGAUUCAAUUCGCCGCUUAUACCUGGGAUGCAACGAUCUUCGAGAUCCUGACCACCCUUGUCCACGGUGGCUGCGUCUGUGUGCUCUCUGACGAAGAUCGUGUCAGUAACCUGAGCCCGCGACUCAUAGAAUAUGACGUCAAUAUGGGUGUGCUCACGCCUUCCGUUAUCCGCACCCUCGACGAUGCAGCGCUCCGCCAGUUCCGCGUUCUCCUAAUGGGGGGAGAAAGCAUGCCGGACUCUGAUUACAAGCGAGUUGUUCAACAUGCCAACAUCAUGGACGCCUAUGGUCCUACCGAGGCAACAGUUAUCUGUGCCUUGGGUUCCGCCAGACGGGAAAAUCGCCCUGAAAACCACAUCGGAACAGCCGUUGGAUGCGCCUGCUGGGUUGUUAAUCCCGACGACGACCAGGUACUUGCUCCGUUUGGGGCCGUCGGAGAACUGUUAGUCGAGGGCCCUAUUCUAGCCCGUGGUUAUCUCAGUGAUCCUGAAAGGAGCGCGGCCGCGUUUGUGCAAGAUCCCGCGUGGCUGGUGUCUGGUAAUCCCGAUGGGCCAGGCAGACGCGGUCGACUUUAUAAGACAGGCGAUCUGGUCCGGUUCAACCCAGACUCAAGUCUUAGCUUCAUUGGCCGCAAGGAUACGCAGGUCAAGAUUCAUGGCCAGCGAAUUGAGCUCGGCGAAGUCGAGCAGAAUGUUCGCCAGUACAUUCCCGAAGCACGAGCCUCCAAGCAUGUGGUCGUUGAGGUCAUUGAGGAGACUUCCAAGAUCGUCGCUUUCAUACUGGUGGACGAUGCUGAGGCCGUGAACACGCUUGAAAUCCCACGGAUAGCCGCUCAGAAUCUAGCAUCUUCACUCGCCACCCACAUGAUUCCUACUCUGUAUGCUACGCUACCAGAGAUGCCAUUGACUAGCGCAGGCAAGAUCGAUCGGAAGGCAUUGCAAGCAAUCGGUGCCCCGUUGUUAGCGAAGAGGCUUGAGCACCUUCGCGCCUCGGCCUCUUCAGUGAACCGCCAGCCCUCUACCAGAUUAGAGAGGCAGCUGCAGCAAAUCUGGGCGCAUGUUCUCAAGAUUGACAGCUCGUCAAUUGGGCUAGACUCUGAUUUCUUCGAAUCCGGAGGUGACUCUAUUCGUGCCAUGCAGCUCGUAAACGAGGCACGCCGCAACAACCUCAAACUCUCCGUAGCAGACAUUUUCAAGGCCCCUGUGCUAUCACGCAUGACCGCUUGCCUAUCUUUGACUACUACCGAGGAUCAACAAGGGGAAAUACCUCUUCCCUUUUCUUUGGUGUCGGCUGAGAUCGUUGGAAAACUGCAAUCCAGUAACUCAAUCACGGAGUCGAACAUCGAGGAUAUUAUUCCAACCACCAGCUUCCAAGAACAUAACCUACAAAUGUCUAUCAAGACCCCUCAAUCAGCGCUCAACUAUUUCUCGUUGUGUCUUGGAACAUCUGUCGACGUCAGUAAAUGGACAUUGGCUUGUCACCAAGUGCUUAAAACCCAUUCCAUUCUACGCUCCGUCUUCAUGCCGCUCGACGGAGUAUACUGGCAGGUGGUGCUACGCGAACUUGAGCCUUCAGUGAACAUUAUGAACAUUCGAGGAGACAUCAAGAGGGGUAUACAAGAAGCAUUUGAAGAGGACACCCGACAAAAAUUGGUCCCCUGUGCUCCUUUCGCAAAGUUUACCCUCUUCAGGCACGUCACAGGAGAUCACAUGAUGGUUCGUUUCUCGCACGCACAGUAUGAUGGCGUGUCUCUUCCACUCAUCCUCCAGACUUUCUUCGAUGCGUACCAAGACAAGCCGAUAGCUCCUGAAUUACCAUUUUCCCUGUUCAUAUCACAUACCAGAGCUUCCAGGCCGAACGCCGUGAGCUACUGGCGGCAACUCUUGCAGGGAGCCCAAGUUAGCGCCAUAAGACCUAAAUUGCGUUCAGCACAAUCGACAUCGUCAGCUCUAGUCCCGGUGGAAGUGGAAUGCUCUUUGGCUCUUCCAAGCCUCCCUUCGGGAGUUUCUUUCGCCUCAUUGGUUCCCUCCGCAUGGGCUCGAGUCCUCUCCGGAAUUGUGGGUCGAAAUGAUGUAGUGUUCGGACAGGUGGUUUCCGGGCGGAAUUCAUCUCUACCUGGCCUUCAAGAGGUUGUUGGUCCAUGUGUCAAUAUUGUCCCCGUGAGAGUUCGUCUCAGCGCCAACAGUUCGCCUCACGAGCUUCUCGCCGCGGUUCAAGAUCAAUCCGUGGCCCGCGGGGCGUCAGAGACAAUGGGUCUAGACGAGAUUAUCAAGGAGUGCACCGACUGGGAAGCCGAUACUGAACUAGACUCUGUUGUGGAACAUUUCGGGUCGGUCAAUUUGCCCAAGGUGCAGUCUGGGGAUGAGGAGGCUCAAGUUGAAUACCUCAAGCAUCCAGAAUCCGCAACGCAACAUCUUGGAAUCUUCUCCACUGUGGAAAGUGACACGCUGACGCUGAAGAUCACUGGUGACAGCUACUUGUUGGAUUUAGAUACGGCACACAAACUACUCAUGCUGUUGCAAGAGAAUGUUCUGGCUCUAAGCAGGUGA